AUUAACCAUGAUAUUAUUUUCAAAAUUGUCCAAUCAGAAAUUCUCCAGCAUCUAUGUCACGGAUAACUAUUUAACCGUGCAAAUGGAUAGAAGAAAACAACACAUUGUUGCAUCACCCGAUUCGGAGAAAAACUUGUAACGAGAGAAAGAAAUCUCCAUGUUUCCUACAGAGAGGGAGAAAAAGAGGGAGAAUGUAUCUGCGUUCCUUCAUAAAAUCGGCUGGAAAGAAUGUUCAUUUUCCUCGGCACAGUUCCAAACACCCCAUCGGGUGGCGAAGGGUUCUCGAGGCAGGUACGGCUUGCCAGGGAGUGCCUCUCUCGAAGCAGAAAAGUUGCAGAAAGAGAAGGAGAAAGAGAGGAAGAGAAAAAUAGGGGGAGGGGGCCUGGUGGCACGUAGUGGGGCCCAGUCGGUCGGAGUCUCACGCCUUCCGUCAGUCCUCAGUCCGACGAGGAGCGUACAUCCGUGAACACCUUGUUAUUCCAUCGUUACCCGCUCGAUUCGUGCGCGUUCCAUUAUCAAACGUCACUCUGGCUCGCGAUAAACAACGUCCCUUCGAUUCUCGACCCUCGAAUCGGCCCUUCCAGACUCUCCAUAUAGGAAGAAAGUUGGUUAAAUAGGAACCAGUCGUCGGGCGAAGGCGACAACAGCGCCAUCUACGCGGCUAAAGGACAGCGAUCAUCGAGUGAUUGGGAAAAAUAACUUGGAUAAAUUUGUUCGGAAUACAAGAACGCGGAGACUCGGACAUCUUUUGGAAUGUUGACCGCCGAUGAGGCAGCGAGGAACGUCGGAUACGACAGCCUGCGUGGCUGACGAAGGCUGUCGGCCGCGCCUCUGGAUUCCAGCAGCGGCGACACACUCAGCGGGCCCGUUCGAUUCCACGGCGUGUCGGUGAGCGUUGCUCGUUUCUUGUGUUGCGUGGAAAGAGUGUGUAACCUGUCCGCCGCGGUGGAUCGGUACACGUGGAGGUGAGGGGCGACCAGGAGGACAUAGACGCCACUGGUGUAUACCGCAUACCACAGGAGGACCUGGCCUGAACGACCAGAAGAAAGAAGAGGGAGGAGGAAGAGGAACGGUGGGGGGUUAAAAAAAGGUAGGCAAGAUUGUGAGCGGUGUUGGAAGAAAGAAGGACGAGGUGGCUGGAGGAUCGAGGAGAGAAGGCCAGGUAGAAGAGGAAAAGGGAGUUACGGGCAGGUAACAGUUGGUGGGGAAGCCGUCAGAAGGCGGCCAUAAUGGCUUGACGCGAUCUCGAGCGAGCGGCGGCUACAGCUGCUGCGAAAUAGCCGAGAGCGGCUCUCCUCGUUGUCCACGCACACGUAUUUUGCAAUCGCGGACGGGCUACGUCUUUGGAAAGUGACUGCGUAAUCGCGAGUGAAGUGUGUUACCGGGUGGAGUCCUCUCUAACGUUGUUCCGUACGGUCACGAGUGUGCUCCUCGAAUUUUAUUUUCAAUCGACUCGAUGCUCGAACGGUGUUCGAUGAUUCGACGGUUCUGGAUCGUUGCUAGCUGUUUCGCUGUUGCGCGUACUUCGUUCCGUUUCCUCUUCUGAAGAUAGUUCACCGGUGAGACAGGGAGACGCGAUCCGAAACGUUUGGAAAAUCGUUAGUAGUCGCAACGAGGAUCGUUUGGAUACCUUUACCGGUGCGAUCCGAAGAAUCGUUGACAAAAAUGAGAGGUGCCAAUCAAGAUACCGCGACACCGUAUUGUCGUUGCAGAGUCCUGUACUUGGGUAGCUCCGUGCCCCAUGCCAGCAAGGAAGGUUUGCUCGGUGUGCAGGAACCUUUGAGGGAGUUGUAUCCAGAACAGGGCGCUCUAGGAGCACGUGGACUCGACUCCUGGCUGAGCGUUUGGAGCAAUGGCCUGUUAUUGGAGAACGUGGACGAGCACCGCAAAAAGGUUACCAGGUUCUUUCCCAUCGAGGCGCUUCACUAUUGCGCCGCGGUCAGGCACGUCAAAGGCGGAAGCGGUGACUCCUCGAACACAAGGUUUCUGCCUUUAGACUCGCCAUUCGCCAGGACGCCCAGUGCCAAUCAUCCGCCUCUUUUCGCCGCGGUUCUUCGACGAACUACCGGUAUCAAGGUUCUCGAGUGUCACGCGUUUAUAUGUAAACGCGACAUGGCGGCCAACGCCCUGGUCAGGUGUUGUUUUCACGCAUACGCCGACAGUAGCUAUGCCAAGGGUCUGGACCCGACUACCACGACUAACGGAGUCACCGGUCAUCCUUCGAACAACAGUCUGUAUCAUACCUUAGGUGGAUCUAGCACCACUUUAGACAGUCCUCAGGCGACGCGUUUGGACGCCACUUCGACGGACGAUAUCAGUCUGUACAAUGGAGAUGAGAAUCACAAAGUUUGGGCCAGGGGUCGCGACGAGGUUGAAGGUUUAUACCAAGAGCAAGGCACGCUGAGGAGUACCAAGGGUUCCAGACCUCGUCAGCUGGUCGCUCCACCUCCUCCGCCGCCGCCACCGCCUCCACCUUCUCAACCCCUGCUCCUCGAGGAAUCCUCUUCCUCCUCCGUUCGCAGGAAAGCCAACAAAAAGUUGAAGAAACUGAAAAACCGAUCGGCUCACGAAGAUCCCUUGCAACAGGCGCAUCUACACCCUCAGCUUCAUCAGGGAAUAUACACAAACGGCCAUGGACAUCAUACUUUGGGUCAUCCGGUCAGGCAGCAACACUAUCAUCCCCAUCCUCUGCCACCAAGCAGUCGAUCCGUAGCUGGAACUCUGGCCAGACCAGCGCCAGUUUUGUUAGUCCCCGCUGCCACUUUACCCAGGAAGGCUCAUCAUCAUCCCAAAGGGCUCAGACCGAUUCCAGCAGCUGCUCCAAUUGUUCCGGUGUACGCUCCCCUCCCGGUAGUGCCUCCUCCACCGGCUGCGGCUAUUUAUCCGGCUGGAACUUACGGGACAGCUGGGAACAGAGGCAGAAGGCAACACGCCGACGCGGAUUCUUCGACCUUAGGUGCUUCCAGGAGGCUGGCCGCGUCUCACGCGGACCUAACUUCCGCCGAAAUGAACAGAGCGGCCGACAGUCCAGAAAAUGAAUCGCGUUUCGGUACCGGAAUCUAUCGGCGGAAGGGCCAUUUGAACGAGAGGGCAUUCUCCUACAGUAUCCGUGCGGAGCAUCGUAGCAGAAGUCACGGAAGUUUGGCUUCUCUAGGUUUUAGCGCGCAAAAUGGCAACGCGUUGCCCAAAGAAGAGAAGAAGGACAGGGAGAUAGCGCAAUUGGUGGCUGGUUUGAAUUUGGAUGACAGCCCGGAGAGGGCACAGCCGCCAGCCAACCCCAGGAACGGUUAUUCCCAUCAUCAGCAACAACUUCAACCUCUUCCCAGGCCUCGACCUCGUUAAGAUCAUUCGAUAUCAUUCGAUUCCUACUGUAGUCACUCGUCGAUCCAAGUCUGGAGAUCGUUGCACGGUCGAUCCAUAACACAGUCAAACGAUGCUUCGUCCGAAGUCUGGCUAACGAGGACGCUCCUUAUUCCCUCGUGGAAAUGCGAACGAUUAUUUAGAAUUAUUUAGAAUCGGACCGUUCAGUCAGAAAUCUGAGCUGACAAUGGACUUGAGAUCGAUUGUCUUUCGUUGAAUAACGACACGAGAUAGAUAUUGCCUAUCCAUCGUUUUCCAGAAGAAGAAGAAGUGUGUUCGUAGAUGGAAAUUUCGAAAUUUCGUUUUUCGAAAUUUCUGACUGUUAAUAGGAAUAUUCGUUUGAACGGAAAAAUACGAGGAAAAUGAUUUGUCGCGGCAUUAGCGUGGAAAAUCGCGAUAGGUGGUCGAGCUAUGCCCAACUGGUUCAGUUGGCUUUCGUUUCUCGGAACAACCUUCCCCGAGUAGGAAAAUUACGGACAGGUAAAAAGCUGACAAACAUCAGGCCUCAUCUUCGUCGUGCAGGUUUCUACCUGUGACCUCGAUCAUCUUAUCUCGAGAGUUGGUUGCCUUUGUCGAAUUAAGAACUUGGAUCGUGGGAUGCUUUGGAAAAAAAUUGAAUAUAAGUUUGUUUGGAACAAAUUGAUUUUUUUGAAUCGAAAAGAAAUUUAUAUCUUAAGUUUUCUGAAGUUUGCCUCUGACAAAAUAUAGCAAAAUUAUAUACUCUUGAAAAAAUAAGUUUAUCAGAUAUGAUCCGAUUAAAAUAAAAUAUCGAAUGUGAUUUUGACUCGAAAAGAUUAAAUCGAUAAAAGUUCGAUGUUUUUUUUCUUUAAUUGAUCAUGGUUGGCGGAAAAGAUUGAUGUAACAAAAAAAAGUCCUUCCUGUCUAAUUGGACAAGCUCGAAUUAUUGUCACCAGACCAAGAAGAUCGUUCUAAUGGUUGGAACUCGUUAGACACCGUACACAAGCACGCAAUCUAUAUAAUAUUUCCUUCAAGAAAAUAAUAAUUUUGAAACUAGAAUUUUAUAUAUCCAUUAACGAAAUAUUAUUUAUUACUUAAUUUAAUGUUUAAAAUUUCUUCGGUUAAAAAUGAAAUUUUCAAGUAAUAAAGAUCGUUUAUUGUUAUUAUUUCAAUUUUAAUGAAUUCGAUCGAAAAUUUAUUUUUCAUUGUUCAAUGAUAAUGGUGAACAAUUCGUUACUCUUUUAAAAUUAUCGAAAAAUCGUCGAACAAUUUUCCCUUAGAAAACUGAUGGUUUGAUUUGCCGACGCACGACUUUCAAUUUGCUCGCUCGUGAGAACGCAAACGUUAAUCUUAAUUGCAUGAGAAAAAGUUAUGCCGCAAGGGAAAAGAAACGAGAAUUUUGAGAGAUUAGAGAAAACAAAACUUACAUAUUUCACCGUUUACUUACAAAUUUUCUUUCUUUCUUUCUUUCUUUCUUUCUUUCUUUCUUUCUUUCUUUCUUUCUUUCUUUCUCUCUUUUACGAUCGAAACAAUAUUAUCAAAAAUAUUAUCAAAAAGUCUUUACAUUUUUCUUGCCAACGAUACGCAUAAAUCUCACAAUAAGAGGAAACAGAUAUCAACGCGUGAGUCAUACACGCGUCAAGUUUUAUAGAAACAUCGCUUUCGUGACGAAUUAGAUUUCAUAAGCUUGAUUAAGUGUGAAUCGGUCUUGCGGUACUAGCCUUAAAUCCAAUUACAACUAUUAAUUACCGGAAUCUAUAAAAUUUCCAAGAGAAUGCACGGUAAUUACGAUCAUUUGCAUGUUUCGAGCUGUUUAUUUUUUGUUCGAUGUUUCACGCGUGCAGCGCAACGCGGUGGGAAAAUUACUCGGGUUGCAGGGGCGCCAACCAUUAACAUAAGGGAAACGGUGUGUAUCGCGUUCCUUUGACACACGGCCCCGUUUUUCCACGGGAAAAAACAACUAUCGUAACGAACGAGUAUUUAAUAACCGCGGAGACACGGAGAUUACUUAAGCGUUCAUACUUUGAUGCGACUCGCGCAAUCGCGUGUAGAAUCGUGCUCAUGAGAACCAAAUCUGGGAAGCUUGAAAUGCAAUUGCUUUGUGCAAUAGUAUCACCGAGACGAAGUUGGCAAUAUUGUUCCGCACAAUUAACCUGAUGAUUGUAAUUAGUGCGCGGCUUAACAGGGGAAGAAAAUCGGCGAAACAUUUGUUUCUUCACGCUCGGGUCAAAGAUUGAGCAAGUAUCGAACUUGGGAAAAGUUAAUACAAUAAUUUUCAACGAUGAUAAAUAUUUUCUCCGUUAAGAUUCUCCGAACGUCGGAACACGAGGAAUUCUAGGCGUAAUUAACAGUCUUUGUAAAACAAGAGAAACAAGUCUGAAUUAAUUAAUCAAUUAAUCAGAAACGAGUCCAAUCCAGCGAUUGUUUAUUUGGGCAUCGAAUAUAUCUAUUUUCGAAACUGAUCAUAGAUAUCUUGCAUGCAUGAACGAAUACAUUUUUUCUAUGGACGAGUAUGCAUGUACUAUUAGAUACUUGAUUAUUAUCGAUUCACGGCCGAUUAUACACACGCCAUAUAUUUUGUUAUUAAACUUUUUCUCGAUUGUCUCGCUUGUUGAAACAAUUUGCAUAAUGAAAACAAUUUGAAUAAUGCGUGAUAUCGUCAUUUCGAGUAUUUGCUAUUUCCUAAAAAAUCGAUAAUUUACUUCUACUGAUUUAUCGAGUCAAAUAUCGAUCUCUUCGAUUUGUAAAUAUGAUAAUUAUUCGUUAUUGGCGAUUUAAAAUUUUUUAAAAUUAUCCUGUGGUACGUUAAAAGAAAAGAAAAUAGAAAUUAUAACGUUUGCGUUCUUUUUUUGGAUUGAUUUUUAUGGAGAUUAGAAAAAGAACGAUUUAUAAACGUGGUUAAUGAUCGGCAAAUGAACAAGUAACGUGGAAUAUUGCUUGGAAACUAUUCUUUAUACUGCUCGCGCUUCAUCGAUUGCAUUGAUCGGCUUGGUGAAAAGUGUCUCUUUGAUUUCGUAACGAGUUUCUUUAUUCUCGCAACGCGUAACUCGUGAGGAGGAUAAAAAAAAAAGGGGGGAGAAAAAAUAGUAUUGCGUGGUUGCUUCAAGGUAUCGCGAGUGCAAUGGACCGAAUUAUGCCAUGGAAUGUAUAAUUCUUAGAUAGCAAAACCUGCGUAUGAUUUAAUUUAUAAUUAAAGUUUUAGAUAGAAAUGUUGAAAGGCAAAUGAAAUAUUUGAAAUGAUUUUAAUAAAAUUUUAAUAAAAGUUUAGGAUUUUAUGAUAGAAUAUUAAAGAAAGAAAAAAAUAUGAAAAUUUACAAGAAAAAUUCCUAUAGAAACAAAAAAAAGUUUGUAAAUGUUACGAAAAAGAAACAUUUAUAAUUAAUUUUAAUUUUGUUUAUUCCCUUUGAUGCGUGAUGCGUUUUUUAACAAACGUAAGCAAAGCAUAGAAUCGCUUUUAAGUAAACGUGUUCGUGGUCAGAGAAAGAAGUUUAUGAAACGCUGACCUGACCCACUGACACUUAUCAUGUAACAAAUUGAACUCUUUGGCUUACGACAUCACGAAAAUUCUUUUCAUUGGUUACAAACCAAUUGUCUUCGAGAUUUCUUUUCAGUUCUAAUGACAUCAUUGUUGUAAGCAAAUCGUAUCUAAUUUUACCGCCAUUGCAUCAAUCAAAACGAGCCAAAGAAUUACGUAGAAAAAAAAAAACUGAAUAUCAAUUUCAAUUUUAACGAUGCUUCAAUUGCUUAAAGUAAUAAAAGAGAUUCGUUACAUUGAUUAUCCAAUUUUCCACGCUAAAAUUGCGAAUUUUUCCUUUUAAAAGCAAUUAUUUUGUAUUGUUAAUUAUACAUGCGACCACCGUAUUUUUCCGUUUCUUAUCCUCUUGUCUCUAUAUAAAUAUAAAUAUAGAUGAGUGAUGCGACGUCGUUGCUAUUUUUCCGCGUUAAAAUUGCAUAAUUCGGUUAAUAAGUUACGAUGCAAUACGAUGUGAGAAAUACUUCUGUGAAAAAUAGAGAUAUCGAAUCACCGGAUGCGAAAUCGCAACGAUGUCGCGUCAGUCGUUUGCUUCAAAGUUAAACUAGACAGAUAGCGCCACCAAGUGCUAUCCCCCGAAUGGUCCAGAAUGGGAAUCAGUGCCAAAUGCCAUAAAUUGUCCGACUUUGCAAAUUGUAUCGACAUUUUUUUUUUUUUUUUACCUCUUUCAAUUCUGUCGUUUAAUUCUUUCGGUGUGCUGAAUUUAACAGAAAUAUUCAAAGCUUGGAGCCUAAUAAGGAUGAUACGCGAGUUUUCGUAGAUUCGCCUAGUCAUUAAGAUUAUCAGGCUGGAACGAAAGUUCCGCUGGUUUGUUCUUUGUAGUUGACAAAAAUAAGACUGA